GCCCUCCGUAGCCCGCGGCCGGCCGCCGCCGCCAGGUUGUGCCUGAGACUGUCAGAUAAAGCGGCGGGCCGGCGGGCGGGGCGGCGGUGAGCACGGCCCGGGCCGGACAUGGCGGCGCUCUACGCCUGCACCAAGUGCCACCAGCGCUUCCCCUUCGAGGCGCUGUCUCAGGGGCAGCAGCUGUGCAAGGAAUGCCGGAUUGCUCACCCUGUUGUGAAGUGCACCUACUGCAGGACUGAGUACCAGCAGGAGAGUAAAACCAAUACAAUAUGCAAGAAGUGUGCUCAGAACGUGCAGCUGUAUGGAACGCCUAAGCCUUGUCAGUAUUGCAACAUAAUUGCAGCAUUUAUUGGCAAUAAAUGCCAACGCUGCACAAAUUCAGAGAAGAAGUAUGGACCUCCUUAUUCUUGUGAACAGUGCAAGCAGCAGUGUGCGUUUGACAGGAGAGAUGAUCGAAAGAAGGUAGAUGGGAAGCUGCUGUGUUGGCUGUGCACACUGUCAUACAAGCGUGUCCUUCAGAAGACCAAAGAGCAGAGGAAACAUCUGAGCAGCUCUUCUCGAGCCAGCCAUCAGGAGAAGGAGCAGUACAGUCGCCUGAGUAGUGGCAGCCAUUACAACAGCCAGAAAACACUUUCUACAUCUUCAAUUCAAAAUGAAAUCCCAAAGAAAAAAUCCAAGUUUGAGUCAAUCACAACUAACGGAGACAGCUUUUCCCCAGACCUGGCUCUGGAUUCCCCCGGCACUGAUCACUUUGUCAUCAUUGCCCAGCUGAAGGAAGAGGUGGCCACUCUGAAGAAGAUGCUGCAUCAGAAGGAUCAGAUGAUAUUAGAGAAAGAGAAGAAGAUUACAGAGCUGAAGGCUGAUUUUCAGUAUCAGGAGUCUCAGACUCGGGCCAAAAUGAAUCAAAUGGAGAAAACCCACAAGGAAGUCACAGAGCAGUUGCAGGCCAAAAACAGAGAGCUUCUGAAACAGGCAGCUGCUUUGUCCAAGAGCAAGAAGUCUGAGAAGUCGGGCACCAUAACAUCUCCAUGAAGACCCUGAGAAGGCUCCCAGCAACAACAGCCAGUGCUCCUGGGUCAGGGUUGGCAACCUGGCUGUUCUCUGGGAAUUGUGCUUUCUUACAAAAUCUCUAUUUUCUUAACCGUUACCCUUCUUUGUGCGAAUGUAGUGGGCUGAAUGGAAACACCUGGUUUGUGCCGUUAUGCCUGCAUGCUGAGCGUUUGGGGUUUCAGACCUGCUCCUCCUCCGCUCCCCUGUGCGCUCCCCACUUUAGUACUUGAUGUUUUCCAUAGUGGUCACUGCUCAGUGUUAUGUGCAGAGUUUCUGUCCACUGUCACACCUGUCGUCCACUGUGCAUCACUGCCACCAUCACUGCCACCCUCUGAACCUUGAAAACUGCCACCUUGAGACUUCGUGCGGUGAGAGAGGCUUUCUCUCGCCAAUAAACCUUUUGCUUCAGGGUAUACUCUUGGGUUUUUUCCAGGUAUAUUAUGUAUGACCUUUGUACUAUGUAUAGACAGAGUUUUAUUUAUUUUUUAAAAAGGAAACCUUUUCUUGAUAAAGGAAUGAUGGUAGCCUAGCUAGUUCUUGUAAAAGCAAUGCCUCUUUGGAAAAAAGAAAAAAAUGCAGUCUUGUUUGCUAGCUUUUAGUAAGAGAAUCCGAUCUUUUCUUUCUCGUUACCUUAGAGUAAAGGUAAAUGCUGGAGGCGUAAGUGUGGAGCUAAGUGCCUUCGGAGGACUCUGGGAGAGCAUUGAGGAGAUGCUUAAGGGUGCAGAGAUUGACCAGUCUGUCUUUAAGUAAGGGCAGAAAGAACGGUUGUCCAGGUUGUACUGGACACUUCCCCUCUACCUACCCCCCUCCUUUUACAUAAUUGUAAAUUCCCACGUUGCCACUUCUUUUUUAAAAGCAUACCUGUUUCUUGCUUGUGUCAGUGUCAUACUAGGCUGUUAACAGAACACUUUUUUUUUUUCUUUUAACAUGAGCAGAGUCAAGUGGGAUAAGAUUUGAACUACUGUGUUUUCAGGGCUCAGUGUGGGCUGUGUGGUGGGGAGACAUCUCACUGCGCCUUACCCCCUGUCCUCAUCCUGUCCUGGGAGCAGCUGGGCCUCCCUGAGUGUGCCCUUCUCCUUAUUUUGACCCAGUAGACGGGUGGGAAGGGAUAGGUUCAUGUGGAGCCUCACUCCUCUAUGUUUGUGAAAGCAACUAGAGACGGGCAGUAUGUGCCAUGACACACAACAAACCCUGGAAUCGGUGCAAACGGUACCAGAGUUAGAGCCGAUGGUGAAGACAGGUGACGUUUGGACCACAUCCACCAGCAUUGGACAGCAAAGGUCACUGUUCCCAGCAGGUGCUCUGAAGUUAGUGAUUGCAUUGUCAGAAGAGACUCAUGCACACGGAGGGACAGAUGUUGACGUGAGUGCUCUUUCUGACAGGAGACUGGAAGGGCCAUGUAUUUAGAUGUCACCAUGGUAGGGAAUACAGUUUUCCCUGCUUGGAAGGGUGCUGUGCUGAAUCAUUUUGUAACUUUUUGAAUGAGAAACUUUUAGGUAAAGAUAACUGUCAUACACUAUAUUUCAGAUGCAUUUGCUUCGGCUGUGGGGAAAAGAAGGUAGAAAAAGAAUGAGUCACGGUUUCUUAAAACUAAGACUGAGAAAUUGUGAAUGUGAAUUGUGAAAGUACACAAACGCUCAUUUAGUUUUGUACUAAUUCUUUUUUUUAAGGUCUUAGCAUUUAAUACUCAGCAAACCUACACAUUUUCUAAACUACCAUGAGCUCCUGAAUGGUAAAGAGUAAAUCUCAGUCUUGAAAUGUUGAUAUUUUUUUGUUUGUUUGUUUGUUUGUUUUUUAAAUCAUGACAGCAUUUUACCAUGAAAUUGAGUAACUUUUGGUAACACCUUCCGUUUCUUUGUAUGUUUGUAAUAAUGGACAUUUUAAAACAUAGGAAUGUUUUGGUUUGUACAGACUUUGACAAAUGUGUGUUAAUAAAAUUCAUAUUGACUCAGA